GGGGGGGGACGACCACAAAAGGCGUCUUUAUCAGCACUUCCUGUCGGGUCGGACCAGCUUCCGGGAUGCCGGCAAUCACAAGUCCCAGCUGUGAAGAUGGCGCUCAGCCUGGCGGAGUUGGACGUUCCUUUGGACGCCGACCCGGCCGGGGACCGAGACCGAGGAGGCUUGAGGCGCUGCAGAGGACGGCCCCGGCUCACGGACACCGACCGCGCACAGAGGCGUCUCGAGUCCCGGAAGAAGUACGACGUGAGGCGGGUGUACCUGGGCGAGUCGCACAAGCUGUGGAGUGAGCUGCGCAGGAGGACCAGUCUGAGCGACGCUGGACUGGCGGAGUACUUGAUCCUGCUCAACGCCACCUAUGGGGACCAGUACCAGCGGGAAUACCGCGGCAAGAAGAUUUCCCCUGAAGUCUCAAUGAAGGAGAAAAAAAGCAGGACGGAGGGCGUGUCCAGCCUCCAGAACCUGGUGUGCUGGUACCAGGAGCACUCCCGCUCCUGCCCUCAGGAGCCCCAGCUCAGAGCCCUGCAGCCCCAGCCCAACUCCUCCACCGCGGCCGUCUGGCGAUGUGACUCCAACCACUCGUUUGUGCAAUACCUGUUCUCACCAACGAGGGAGGCGAGUGACUCGGAGCACGAUGACGGCGUGAACGGAGAGAGCGAUGACGAGCUUUCCAAGAGAACCGAUGCGCCCGUGGCUGAAGAUGUGGGCGACAGCAGCAGCAGGAAGAGGAGGACGACGACAAGAAAGGAGGCUCACCGACACUUCAGAGAUGCGGAAGAAAAUGUGGACACAUUCGAGGUAGAACGAGCCGACGUGGAAGCUCCACUGACGGGACAGUCUGUCUGGGAGAUGGAAAUGGUCAUAGAGCGACAGCAAAGCUCCCCAGGUGCAGCCUAUCACUCCAUUGCCUCAGAGGAGGAGAGGGAUGAACGAGAAGAAGAAGAAGAGGAGGAUGAGGAGGUUGAAGAUCUUCGGCGAGGCAGAGACGGCGAAGAAGAGAUCAGGGCCGCGCCGCAUGGAUACGAGUGUGUUUCCGUGAGGGCUUCCCUAGCUGUUGAACUUGAGAAGCCGGAGGAAGACUUGAGCGGCUCAGCCGGACUGGGAGCUCGGCCGGAGCCGUCUGUCCCGCCGGGCGACGGGCAGAGCGAGCUGUUUGACUCUCACGCCCUGCAGACGGUGGUGUCCAGCUGUGAGAUUCCUGACCAGAGGACCACUUUGGAAGGCUCGCAGUUGAUCAUCAUCACUGGAACCAGCUACGAGGCCCUGGCUUCAGAAGGUAUCCAGCUCAACAUGGGCGGCGGAAACGUGGAGGAAGUCACCUGCACCGUCAUCGGGGGCGUCACCUACGACCCGGCCUCUGAGUCCAAAGUCCGAGCAGCAGAGGAUGAAGACUCCGUGACGGGUCUGAGUGACAAACAGCAGCGGCCGCCCCUUGAUGACGCCUUGGAGCUGAGCGGUGACCGAGAGCUGCACAGGGGUCUGAGCGGUGUCCGGUCGAAGAGAAACAGGCGAGGCCCGGUCAUUGAGGAGGACGGGAUGCUCAAGAUGUUCCACUGUCCGUACGAGGGAUGCAGUCAAGUCUACGUAGCAAUCAGUAGCUUUCAGAAUCACGUCAACCUAGUGCACAGGAAAGGGAGGACCAAGGUUUGCCCCCAUCCAGGCUGUGGGAAAAAGUUCUACCUGUCCAACCACCUGCAUCGCCACAUGAUCAUCCACUCAGGGGUCAGAGACUUUAUCUGUGAGACAUGUGGAAAGUCGUUUAAGCGAAAGAAUCACCUGGAGGUCCACAGGCGGACGCACACAGGGGAAACGCCACUCCAAUGUGAAAUCUGCGGCUAUCAGUGUCGCCAGCGCGCCUCGCUGAACUGGCACAUGAAGAAGCACACUUCAGAGGCGCACUACAACUUCACCUGCGAGUUCUGCGAGAAGCGCUUCGAGAAGCUGGACAGCGUUAAAUUCCACAAGCUGAAGAGCCACCCGGACAAGCAGGCCACCUGAGGUGGGCGGACCCCGGUAGGCGGGAGAGAGAGAAACGCGCUCGGCUCGGCCCUCGGGAACCAAAGGAAGCCUUCUGGUGGAGAGACGGACCUUCUGCUGGGCUCCAGCUGGCCGGUUGUGUUCAGGAAGGACAUAGACUGUGAACACACGAGUGUUGGACGAAGGGGGGCAGUCUGACCGCUGUGCGGGACACGAGCCGUUACGGAGCACACGGCCCUAAACGUGGCUUUUGGACAUAUUUGGUACAGCGAGGAAACCUCCGGUGAACUACCCCCCCCCCCAUGCAGCUCACGGCUGAGCUACAAUAAAGGCAAUGGGGACAAACUGUUUCUUCAAAUGUUGAAGUGAUGUGGGCGGCUUUAGUAAGAGGGGCACUUAUUGUAUGACUAUUUGUCUCUCACAAAACCCAAAUCAAAGUAGCAAAAGAUUACGGUUAAUAGUUUGAUUAUCUGCAGCAUACAUUAGCAUGGAAAGCUAACUAGCUCACGACUGAAAACCUGUUAUUGCUUUAAACGGCAGCAUUAUUUCUCCAAUAAUUUUAUGGUGUUAUAGAAGUUACACUCAGAGAAAAAAGCGCUCCUCACAACUGUCACUGAUUAGCAAUGUGGGGGCUAACGUUAGCAGGAAAAGUUUAUACUCAAGUUAAACCUUUAAUCUGAGGUACCAGAGUAACAACAACUACAGCAUAUAUCGAGGUCCUGUGUGGAGAAUGAGCAGCAAUCGUUCAGACCAAGUUACGCUUGAACAAUGAUACAUAUUAGGUUUUCAAUUCAUGUAGUUUAAGUUGCUAUCAACUAGCGGGCUAACCCGGCGACCGCUAUCGGUUCAGCCUUCAAAAUGGAUGGUUGUUCCCCCCUCUGCAAUCAGAGAGACAUGUUCUACUAUAUUACGUUACACUAUAAAAUACUAAGGGGAACUUAACUGUCAGUGGAAAAUAAUUCCUGUCUUAACUUUUUUUUUUGUAGUUCUCAUCAAAUAAUGUUUAACACAGGUUUGUCCAUUAAUAAGGAAGUAUGACCUAAUGUGAUGACGGGGUUUACUAAUAGACCACCAAGAACGAUCAUUGAUGACUUGCCAGUGCGGUGGGGAAAUAUUAACUACAAAUAUACUUAAAAUUGGGACCGGACCUCGUGGAGGUUUAACGCUGCGCUGCUCGGACUGACAAAUGGAGGUUCUUCACCUUCACUCAAUUACAAUCGGACCGUUCAUCCCACAUUUCCCCUCAUCUGCUUUCACAAUCCCAAUGAAUCACAAGGAGUCCUGAAUGAAAAAGUGACCUGAUCCUCCUCUUGUUUCCCUCUCUCAUGUUCUCGCUGUCCCUUUGGUUUCUAAGAAAAUGCACUUUUUCCUCUCCGGUCAGUUUUGUUAUCUUAUGAAUCACUUUGAUAUGUGAGUAUGAUUUGUUUUUGUAUCUUAUACUAUUCUGAAAGACAUGAGAUUGACGCAAAUGGUUAAUAAUAUGCCGUGUGUUCUUGCAUAAUGUGUGCGUGCGUGUCAAGUGUGGGCGUACAUGAAUAGCACGAAAUGGCAUGAAAAGCACAAGUAUUAUGACACUUCGUCAUUCCAUGACAGUUUCUUUCAGUCAUGCAAAUGUUAGUCAUGCAAGUGGUUACUGUAUGUUUGUGUUAAUGGAACCUGAAGCUGGAAUGAGGACGAGUGACCGGGAGUCACAUUUUGCAUUUGAAUACUGAUAUAUCAAAAUCCAUUUUAUAUCAAUAAACAUAUUUGAUUAUGUGA